AGAAAUGACGAUAAUAUGAAAUACGCAAAAAAAAGUGAAACGCCGAAAUUACCAUACGUGAACGUUUCGCAAAACUUUCAUUUCGCUAAGAAAAUGCACGCAGGAAACUUAGAACACGAACCACUACCUGAUACUUUGGGAUAUCGUAAUAUGACCAAGGUAGGAGAACAUAGAGAUUCAGACAUUGUUGUAAAACCAUAUGCUAUUGGCUGGAAAGGAUAUGGUGCUUCAGGACCAACAUGUUGCACAAAAAUGCGUGUACAUCGACCUAAAACUUGCGAUCCGAAAAAGAAUGAUAACGUAGCAGAUGAAGGUAAGCAGCGCCCAGCUACGUCUUGUUUGAAUUUGGGAGCACAGUAUAAAAAACCUCUGUCUUUAAUGGAUUUGGCAAUCUGCUGGGAUUUCAAGGCUGAUGAUUCGAAAAGAGAGCCACGACCGCCAAAACAUAUCGAUGGUUCAAAUGGCUCACUGGCACCGGCUGUUUUUACAAUGGUACAUACUCCUAAAGAAGAAGCAAGUGAAAUAAUAUUAGCACAUGCAUAUCCUAUUUUUAAUAAAAAUAAAACCCUGAACGACGUGGGACGCCACAGUGUUCCGCAUUUUGAAAAAGAUAUGACAAAAGAUAAAAGAAAAGAAUCAUGCGAAGUACAAUAUUGUCCCCAACAUAAUCAAAACGAAAAACACGAAAAAUCUCGAACGUCAAGUAGAAAAAGUUCCAUUCAAUCCGAAAAUAAGAGCCCAUGUGAUGGUAUAAAUGGUUGUGGUACACUUUCAGAUAUAAGUCAAAAUAUAAGUCGUCAAAAUUCAAUACCGAAUUUGAAACAAAAGAACGAAGCGUGGAACGCCAAUAAAAAGGAAAAUUCAAAAUACGAUAUUAAUCGAAACCGUCACAGUUUGGAAUCGUAUGAAAAGACACCGUUAGCACAAGGAAAGUUACAUCAGAGCUCGCCAAAUGAAUCACAAAUUUCGAAGCAUUCUCCUAAAGAAUCUUUUAAAAUUAGUAAAAAUUCUAAUACAAAUGUAAAACACAAGCACUGUUACUCUUGCAAUGGUGCAAAAGUUACUGAAGAAAAGAAAGAAAAAAAAAGUGAUUAUAAAUUCGCUUUUAAGGCAGGCAACCCAAAUUCUGUUUCAAGUAACAGUUCAAAUGAGUCGAAGGUGUUAAAGAUACCUAAGAUGCGUCACCCGUAUACAAAAAAGUCGUACACUAUUCCAACAUUAGCACCACCUUUUAGUAUUUGGCGAGAUGCGAACGCAACAGGCUAUCCAGAACACUGGAGGUUGGCAAGUGUUUACCAGCACGCUUAUAAGCCUCCGGAACAACGAAGAAAACCGCUUAUAGACAGUGUUUAUCAAUAAUUCAUUUUUGAAUGUUGUAAAAUUAUACGACGUGACUUGGUGUGUUGUUAUCUGGUCUAUUGGGUAUAAUAAAAAUAAAAUUUA